CUGCAGUUCUAAUAAAGGAAAGCGCUGUGUCCCUCUCUGCCUCAUCAGUUGGCUUUGCUCCGCUUUGUCCGUCCGUCUCGUUUCUGUCUGUCGGUCCUGAAGUGGAGCCGGUCGGCUCGCGGCCUCUGGACCUCCGGGAGAGGAGCUUCUUCAGGAGUCAUCUCCUCCGUUGUUUAGUGCCUUGCUCCCCUUGACCAGGAGACUGAGAAGCAGAAGAUGUUUGUGUGUUUAUUUGGCCUGGUGUGAAGAGUGUGUGUGUGUGUGUGUGUGUGUGUGUGUGUAUAAGACUUCGUGGUGCAUGGUGUUUGCCAACGCCGUUGGAAAUGCUGGGGCGUCCAGCGAGGUUAUUUUUGGAUCAGUGACAGCGCGUCAAUGGCUGCAGAUGCGUCGCAAAGGAAGGCUCUGAGAUACCAACAGACCCUGCUGUACGGCGAGUACAGGGAGCAGCUGGGAAACUUUGCCCGACGGGAGGCCGCCCGCCUGCUCACAGAGAGACAAUGGAGAAGACAAGCCGGGGAAAACAACUCAGCCGCGGGCCGCAGGGGCCACGGCCGGCGCCAUCAUCUUCAUCAAAACCCUGCCAUCCUGGAGUCCCAUCAAAGCCACGGCUCCUCCACCAAGAAGCCUCAGCCCUACUCCAAAUGCCAAGACUGUUUGGCUCGAGUGAGGCGGUACAUUGUGACGAAGAUGGGGGAGGACUGGAUUUUCUUGAUUCUGCUGGGUCUGACCAUGGCUCUGGUCAGCUGGAGCAUGGACUAUGCCAGUGCCAAGAGCCUACAAGCCUACAAAUGGAUACAUGGGGAGCUUAAGGGCAAUGUGGCGCUCCAGUACCUAGCCUGGGUUACAUAUCCCAUAAUCCUCAUCGUUUUUUCCUCGCUCUUCUGUCACCUGGUUUCCCCUCAGGCCAUCGGUUCUGGUAUUCCCGAGCUUAAAACCAUCCUGAGAGGUGUGGUGCUGAAGGAGUAUCUGACCCUCAAAGCCUUCAUAGCUAAAGUCAUCGGCCUGACUGCUGCUCUUGGCAGUGGGAUGCCAGUGGGCAAAGAGGGUCCAUUCGUCCACAUUGCCAGUAUCUGUGCCGCGGUGCUGAGUCGAUUCAUGUCCAUCUUCUCUGGCGUGUACGAGAACCCAUAUGGUUACACAGAUAUACUGACUGUCGGCUGUGCCGUGGGGGUGGGAUGCUGUUUCGGCACUCCACUAGGAGGAGUGCUGUUCAGUAUUGAGGUCACGUCUACCUACUUUGCUGUGAGGAAUUACUGGCGGGGAUACUUUGCUGCCACAUUCAGUGCCUUCAUAUUCAGGGUGCUCUCUGUUUGGAACAAGGAUGCUGUCACAAUCACAGCUCUAUUCAAAACCAACUUCCGGAUGGAUUUCCCCUUUGACCUGCAGGAGUUACCAGCAUUUGCAAUCAUAGGGAUCUCCUGUGGCUUCCUGGGAGCCUUCUUUGUCUACUUAAACAGACAGGUGGUUCUCUUCAUGAGAAGACCAACAGCUCUCACACGCUUUCUAACCCGACACCGUUUGAUCUACCCAGGUGCAGUGACGCUGAUCAUCGCCACCUUCACGUUUCCUCCUGGGUUUGGGCAGUUCAUGGCUGGAGAGCUGAUGCCCAGAGAGUGCAUCAACUCUCUUUUUGAUAAUUUCACCUGGACCAAAAUCGCAGACUCCCAUUACCCUCCUGGCCUCGGCCGCUCCGCCGCUUGGCUGCAUCCCCAUGUCAGCAUCUUUCUCAUCCUUCUCCUCUUCUUCAUCAUGAAGUUCUGGAUGUCAGCAGUUUCCACCACGAUGCCAAUCCCCUCCGGCGCCUUCAUGCCCGUGUUCAUUUUAGGAGCUGCGUUCGGACGCCUCGUCGGGGAGAUCAUGGCCACCCUUUUCCCCAACGGGAUUCUGUUUGAUGGGAUAGUUUACCGCAUCCUGCCAGGAGGCUAUGCUGUCAUUGGAGCAGCGGCGAUGACCGGCGCCGUCACUCACACUGUCUCCACGGCGGUGAUCUGCUUCGAGUUGACUGGUCAGAUCUCCCACAUCCUACCCAUGAUGGUGGCGGUCAUCCUGGCCAACAUGGUGGCCCAGGGUCUGCAGCCCUCUCUCUACGACUCCAUCAUCCAGGUGAAGAAGCUGCCCUACCUUCCUGAGCUGGCUCUCGGGCACAUCAGCAAGUAUAACAUCUUCGUGGAGGACAUCAUGGUGCGCAAAGUGAAAUUCGUGUCCUCCCAAUCCACUUUUCGGGAAUUAAACCAUCUUUUGGAGAAUACAACCCUGAAAACCAUCCCGCUGGUUGACUCUAAAGAAUCUAUGAUCCUUCUUGGCUCGAUUGAGAGGACGGAGCUUCAGGCUGUCUUAGACUGGUGGCUCUCUCCAGAGAGACGAGUCUUUGAAAGAGGUCCCAGUUCACCAGGCCAAGGCUCUAAACUCAGCUGGGAGUCCUUCACGUUCGUAGAUGAGGAGGGAGAAGAAAGUGACAAGGCGGUCUCUCCCGUGCAAGAAGGAUGUAACGGGCCCAUCCCGUCCCCCACCCCGCAGGAGCCCUCCACCAACCACACAGGAUCAGACAAACGCAAGAUGUCGUCUGUCAGGAGGACUCUUCAGAGACUCUUCUCCUCCUCGUCCUCGUCGGGCCAGACUGAAACUCAGGAAGACGUGCCUCCACCACUAACUGACACCCUGUCCCCCGAGGAGAUCAAAGCCUGGGAAGAGGAAGAGCUGGACAAACCAGUCGACAUGGAGCAGAUACGCAUAGAUCCCUCCCCAUUUCAGCUGGUGGAAAGGACAUCGUUGCACAAGACCCACACUCUCUUCUCCCUGCUGGGUCUCAGUCACGCCUACGUCACCAGCAUCGGGAAGCUGGUGGGAGUCGUGGCGCUCAAAGAGUUACAGAAGGCCAUAGAGGGCUCGACUCGCAGCGGCGUGAGGCUUCGUCCCCCUCUGGCCAGCUUCAGAGAUGCCAGCAGGAAAGCCAAGAAGCACCAGCCUCCCUCCUCCUCCGCCGCCUCCUCGCCCACACGGGACAGAGACCUGUGGGGGGAGGGGAGCAGGAGAGAGAGCGAGCUGCUGAGGAGGGAGUCCAGGGACGAUUCCAGGGGAAAGACUCCAUCUCUUCGAGGAGCCGCCGGCUCUGAAACGGUCUCCUCGUCUCCCAGCAGCUCGGGGAGCACCAGUGGGAGCUCCGCCAGCGCCAGAGGAGCCUCUCAGGAGGCUGCGUCACCUUCGACCUCCUCCUCCUCCCCUUCGCCUACUGUUUCCCCCGUGUCGCACUCCAGCCCGGUCCUCACACUGUCCUCCCUGCAGGAGGAGAGGGAGAGCGAGGAGUCAGAUGAACAAUUGUAAGAGGACCGGGUGAGACGGAGGAAGACCUUUUUUUUUUGGGGGGGGGGGGGGGGAUUUAACUCCUCUUGGUCAGAGACAGAGCUGCAGUCUGAACGGAGGUGUGGAGCUUCCUGCAGCCCUUAAUGACUCUCAGCCUCCAGGACGAACUGGUUUACACAAAUCUCUCUUGAAACAUUUAGUCCUGGACAGUUUUUAUUUUUUGCUCUGUUUUCACAACAAUCUCACUUUUUUCACUUCUGAAUCUCAGGUGCCUUCCUGUUUCUUCUUAACGGCAAGCAGCCACACUCACUCCAACAAAUCACUGACGUUUCACAUCCAUCCCCAUCGGAGGUGGAUGCAGCUGAAUAUAGUACAAAAUCUGUUCGGUCCACGAAGUCCACGCUAGCUACUGACAGCUGUGAGCUGUGCAAUGAUGAAGCAAUAUUGUGUACCCAUUAAAAGCAAAAUUAAUCUGGCCGAAAGGUCAAAGAGAUCAUGCAUUUAAAGUUUACUGAUUCAGAAAAAGGAAAUCUUAAAAUCGAAAUUAAAUUUGUCACAUAUUUCCUGUACGGUAAAUAUUCAAAUCAUUGUCAUAAGUUUCUAAUUUGUAAGGAAUAAUAAAUUCUUAUGUUGUCUAUUAA